AUGCCUAACUGUAAAGUAUGUGAUAAGAAGAUUUUUUCCAGUCCCAAUAAAGCAUUCACGGUCCUAGUUUGCGGACAUACAUACCAUAGAAUCUGCAUUGAGAAGAAACUUCUGCUUACAAAACCAAAUGGGUGUCCCGAAUGUGGUAAAAGCGUCGAGACUAUUACCGAAACCACCACAACUGAAACGGAUCUUAGACGCGAAUCAGAAUCCAGCACUUCGUCAAUAGUUGGGAGGAUGGGAAAGCAACUUACUAUCCAAUCUCAGAAAAUUAUUGAUGAAGAGAUGUCGGAUGUGGAUAAUGGAGAAAAUAAUUCGAAGGGUAAAGACAUAGAUAUAGCCGGAGGAUCCCAAAAAAGACCUAUCGAAGUUAGUAGUGAAGAAACAACCACGGCACCAGAGAAAUCGUCCAGUAAGAAGGCAAAGAAGGAAGUUAAACCGGUCGAUAGAGAAAAAUCAGCAAACCUGAAAAAGCUUAUUGAUGAAUUGCUAUCUAACUAUAUUCAUCCACAGGUUGACGAAGUUGUUGAAGAGAGUGGGGGUUUAUAUAAACGAUAUAAAGAGUACAAAAAAGAUAAUGGUAAAGAAUCAUCCAAUGCUUUAGUUUUUGAUGACGUUACGAAACAAAAUCCAAAAGUGAGCGAUACUGCAUUGCGAAAGAGAAUGGAAAGAGCUCGGAAAAUAUAUAAGCUUUUUACUGCUAUUGUUAAUGGUGAUGAAAAAUAG